AUAGAACGCUGUGGGAUGUCCUCAUAUUAAAACAAUUAUCGAUCAGCCAGAGUUUAUCUGAGUACAGGCCAUAUUUGGAUUUUGUUACGAACUGUAAGAAUGGAUUUGCUUGACCUCCAAGCUCUGGUAAUAGACAAUGGAUCAAGAUUGUGUAAAGCAGGGUUUGCAGGAGAUGAUGCACCAAGAAGUGUUUUUGCUUCUACUAUUGGCAGACCUAAAAAUAAGUACAAGAGUUGUAUGGCUGACAUGGAAUUAAAGGAUUGCUAUGUUGGAGAUGAAGCUCAUAGCAAAAGAGAACUGUUAUCUUUACAAUAUCCAGUAGAACGAGGAAUAAUUAAUAAUUGGGAUGAUAUGGAGAAAAUUUGGCACCAUGUAUUUUAUAAUGAAUUAAGAGUGUCACCAGAGGAACAUCCUGUUUUAUUAACUGAAUCACCAUUUAAUCCUAAAGCAAACAGAGAAUUAAUGACACAGAUUAUGUUUGAGACAUUUGCUUCUCCUGCAUUUUACGUGGCGCUGCAAGCUCUCCUAGGUUUAUAUUCUUCUGGUAGAGUUAGCGGAAUUGUGUUUGAUUCUGGUGGCGGGGUUUCUCACGUUUUACCAAAGUAUGAAGGUUAUACAGCACAACGCGCAAUUAAAAGACAAGAUUUUGCAGGAACGGAUGUAACCGCUUAUUUACAGAGUAAAUUAAAUGAACGAGGAAAUUGUUUUACGACAACAGCUGACGCGGAUAUAGUUCGAGAUAUAAAAGAAAAAUAUUGUUAUGUCGCUGAGAACUUUUCAGAAGAGAUGAAAAAAUCGUCCUGUAUACCCAAGAACGGUUACGAGCUACCCGAUGGUAAAGUUGUCACAGUUGGUGAUGAAAGUUUUAGAUGUCCAGAAGUUUUAUUUCAACCUUCACUGAUUGGCAGAGAAGCUGAAGGUAUACAUAAGAUGAUAUAUGAUAGCAUCAUGCUGUGUGAUAUUGAUCAAAGAAAAGAUUUAUAUCCUAAUAUAAUUAUAUCUGGUGGAAAUACAAUGUUUCCUGGUAUGCGAGAGCGGUUACUUAAAGAAAUGGGGGCGCUUAUACCCAAUACUAUGAACCUUAAAGUCAUUUCUCCACCAGAACGAAAAUACUAUGUGUGGAUUGGUGGAUCAAUUCUGGCAUCUUUGUCAACAUUUGCUACCACGUGGAUCACAAAACAGGAAUACAAUGAAUAUGGACCAAGUAUUGUUCAUAGAAAGUGUCUUUAGUAUA